AUGUCUCCUAACAACCUCGAUAUCGAGAAUAAGGCGGCCGAAGGCAUCUCCUACUUUACUCCCGCCCAGACACCCCCUGCAGGAACUGCAGCAAACCCCCAGUCUAAUGGAUCAGCACCACCGAAGCUGUUUCAGCCCAUCACCAUUAGAGGGAAGACCUUCCAAAACCGCAUCGGAUUGGCUCCUAUGUGCCAGUAUUCUGCUCAAGAUGGCCAUAUGACCGACUGGCACCUGACUCACCUUGGAGGUAUUCUCCAGCGAGGACCCGGUUUUGUUAUGGUGGAGGCAACUGCUGUCCUUCCUGAGGGCCGCAUCACUCCACAGGACGUGGGUUUAUGGAAAGAUUCCCAGAUCGAGCCUCUGAAUCGUGUUGUCGAAUUUGCCCACAGUCAGAACCAGAUCAUUGGUAUUCAGAUUUCUCACGCAGGCCGCAAAGCAAGCACCAACGCGCCAUGGGUGUCUGGCGGUACCAUCGCCACCGAAGAGGUCGGCGGCUGGCCCAAUAAGGUCAAGGGCCCUAGUGAUAUCCCUUUUUCGGACGGCUUCGCCCAGCCUAAGGAAAUGACGUUGGAGGACAUCGAGGAGCUCAAGUCGUCGUGGGUUGCGGCUGUCAAGCGCGCCAUCAAGGCAGGUGUUGACUUUAUCGAAAUUCACAACGCCCACGGGUACCUGCUGUCCUCCUUUUUGUCUCCUGCCUCCAACAAGCGUACCGACAAGUAUGGUGGCAGCUUCGAUAACCGCAUUCGUCUCUCGCUUGAGAUAUCUCAAUUGACACGUGAGGCUGUUGGUCCUAACGUUCCUGUCUUUCUCCGUGUCUCCGCUAGCGACUGGGUCGAGAAAAUCCUCCCCGAGGAGAGCUUUGGUGUCGAGGACACUGUCAAGUUUGCCAGGGCUCUGGCUGAGCAGGGUGCCAUUGACCUGAUGGACAUCAGUUCUGGUGGUGUCCACCUUGCACAAAAGGUCACCUCCGGCCCCGGAUUUCAGGUUCCCUUCGCCGUUGCUGUUAAGCAGGCUGUUGGUGACAAAAUGGCUGUUGGCGCCGUAGGUAUGAUCAAUUCUGGUCGUUUGGCCAAUCAGAUCCUCGAAGACGAUGGGUUGGACUUUGCGCUCGUUGCUCGUGGUUUCCAGAAGAACCCUGGCCUCGUCUGGUCCUUUGCUCAAGACCUUGGUGUCGAAUUCGUGAUGCCUAAGCAGAUUCGCUGGGGCUUUACUGGCCGUGGUGAAUCUACUUACAUCAAUCCCUCUUCCUUCAAGGCAUCCAUGUUCGACUAA